AUGGGUAAGAGACAUUCAAAAGCAAAUUCAUCGACAGUUCCAAAAAGUGCAGAAAGUCGUCGACGUAUCAAACUUCAAGGAAUGCAAAAUGUUCUUCUAAUCUGGUUAGACAACAAUAUUGACGAGAACAACGACGAUUGCCAAAAUACAAUCACAAGAUUACAUCAGGCUGUCAACGAUACCAAUACAUUCACAGAUGUUGAUUAA